GUUACAGUUUAACUUUAUUUCACGACUGCCGUUCUAUCUUUUGUUUUUUUCCUCUCACAUAUAGAUCACAGUUUUUCGAAUGGGUUCUGAGGGACAACAAGAUAUUGAGAUGGCCAUUCUUACUGCCUUGUUAAAAGGCACAAAUGCUGCAGCAGCUGACCAGCUCAGCUUGGCUCUGGCCUGGAAUAGAGUGGAUAUUGCUCGAAAUCACAUCUUUGUUUAUGGUCACAAUUUACCACCUGCCGGUGCCAUGGCCAACACUACAAAUGCUGCAGCCACAGCAGAGAGGCAAAAGAGUCCUGCCAGCGCUCCUCGAAGCAAAGCUCGGGGAAAGAAGGGGAAAGGGAAGGGAAAGGCAAAGCCUGAACCUCCAGAGGAAACAGACCCCAGGAAAUUGGAGUUGAUUCGUUGGGUAAACUCUCUGGAACAGGCUAUGAUGGAUGCUCUGGUGCUAGAUAGGGUGGAUUUUGUCAAGCUGCUCCUUGAGAAUGGGGUCAACAUCCACCACUUCCUCACCAUCCCCAGAAUUGAGGAAUUAUACAACACGAAACUUGGCCCUGCUAAUAACCUGAACGCAGUAGUGAGGGAUAUCAAAAAGGGAAACCUUCCUCCAGAUUAUCAGAUCACUUUGAUUGAUAUUGGUCUGGUGCUGGAGUGCUUCAUGGGUGGAGCUUACAGGAGUAAUUACACCAGGAAGGCUUUCCGCAACCUCUACAAUAAUUUGUACGGACUUAAAAGGCCAAAAGCUCUGAAGCUUCUCGGGAUGGAGGAUGAUGAACCUAGGCAAAAAGGCAAGAAGAAGCCAAAAAAGAAGAAAGAGGAAGAGGUGGAAAUUGAUGUGGAUGACCCAGAGGUCUGCCGAUUCAAACACCCCUUCCACGAGCUGAUGCUGUGGGCUGUGCUGAUGAAGCGCCAGAAGAUGGCGCUGUUCCUAUGGCAACGUGGAGAAGAAGCCAUGGCGAAGGCCCUGGUGGCCUGUAAAUUGUAUAAAGCUAUGGCCCAUGAGUGCUCUGAGAGCGAACUGGUGGAUGACAUCUCGCAAGACCUGGAGAACAACUCCAAAGAAUUUGGCCAGCUGGCUUAUGAGCUGUUGGACCAGUCCUACAAACAUGACGAACAGGUGGCCAUGAAACUCUUGACUUAUGAGCUGGUCAACUGGAGUAACUCCACCUGUCUCAAGCUGGCUGUGGCCGCUAAGCAACGUGACUUCAUCGCCCACACCUGCAGCCAGAUGUUGCUCACUGACAUGUGGAUGGGUUGCUUAAGGAUCGGCAAAAAUCCCGGCCUUAAGGUUAUUCUGGGGAUCAUCUGUCCUCCUCUGAUUCUACUGCUGGAUUUCCGUAUUGGAGAUGAUGCAGCCUAUAAUGCAACUGAAAACAAAGAAGAUGGAAAAGACAAGGAUGACGACACAAAAUCCAGCAAGGAUGCCAAUGAUGGGAUUUCCCGAAAGGGGGAUGAGGAGGAGGGUAGCACUAAUGUUCGCAAAAUCCCAAUCGGCAAAAGGUUCUUUGAGUUUUAUGAUGCACCGUUCACCAAGUUCUGGUUCAACACUAUUUCCUAUCUGGGCUAUUUGAUGUUGUACAACUAUAUAAUCCUCGUGAAAAUGGAGCGAUGGCCUUCCAUACAAGAGUGGACUGUCAUUUCAUACAUCCUUACACUCGGCUCGGAAAAAGUCAGACAGAUUCUGAUGUCAGAGCCGGGGAAGCUGAAACAAAAGAUAAGUGUGUGGCUGGAGGAAUACUGGAACAUCACAGACAUGGUCGCCAUCAUUACCUUCCUUCUUGGGAUGAUGCUACGGCUGCAGCAUGAACCUUACUUGGGCUAUGGGAGAGUCAUCUACUGUAUAGACAUCAUCUUCUGGUACAUUCGUGUACUGGACAUCUUUGGAGUCAACAAAUACCUGGGACCCUAUGUGAUGAUGAUAGGGAAGAUGAUGAUAGACAUGAUGUACUUUGUGGUGAUUAUGCUGGUGGUCCUUAUGAGCUUCGGGGUGGCUAGGCAAGCUAUCCUUCACCCUGAUGAGGAGCCAACAUGGCGCCUGGCCAGAAACAUUUUCUACAUGCCCUAUUGGAUGAUCUAUGGAGAGGUUUUUGCGGACUCGAUAGACCGUAAGACUAGAAUUCAUAUCUAUGCAAUGGAAAUAAACCCUCCAUGUGGUGAACAUCUAUAUGACGAGGAUGGGAAGAAGCUGCCUCCAUGUAUCCCUGGGGCCUGGCUCACACCUGCUAUUAUGGCCUGUUACCUUCUGGUGGCAAAUAUUCUUCUGGUCAACUUGCUUAUUGCAGUGUUCAACAACACCUUCUUUGAAGUCAAGUCCAUUUCCAAUCAGGUGUGGAAGUUCCAGAGAUAUCAGCUGAUCAUGACAUUCCAUGACCGCCCAAUACUGCCUCCACCUCUCAUCAUCUUCAGCCACCUCUACAUCCUCUUCAACAGGCUGUUUCGGCGGUGUGCCAAGAAGAAACAAGAAGGAGAGCUGGAUGAGAAGGACCGCGGACUUAAGCUUAGGUUGAAUCCUGAAGAGCUAAAAAGUCUGUAUGAGUUUGAGGAACAAUGUGUCGAGGAAUAUUUCCGAGAGAAAGAGGAUGAGCAGCAGUCCUCCAGUGAUGAACGCAUCAAGGUCACAUCAGAAAGAGUUGAGAACAUGUCCAUGCGUCUGGAGGAGGUAAACGAGCGGGAGAACACGAUGAAGGCCUCCCUGCAGACAGUGGAUCUGCGCCUGGCCCAACUGGAGGAGAUCCAUGGACGAAUGGCAGUGGCCCUGGAAAAGCUUGCGGGGGUAGACAGAUUGGAGCUGACCAGAACCUAUUCAAGAAACUCUUCCGUAUGCGACCCUUCCUCCCUUCUACGCCAGGGCAGCAUAAACAGUGCGGAUGGUUACAGUCUCUAUCGCUUUCACAUGGACAUCGAGGAGAUGGCGUCCAAGCAGAAGGAAGCAGAUGAUGUUCUGGAAAGAGAGAAAAGUCUGCGGCAAGCCUCCAGCGCUCUGAACUCCAAGGAAGGUGGUCAGACCUUAGAGGUUGGUGGUUUGGAGAGAUCGCGACCAAGCUCAUGCGUGGACAUCCUCAUAUCUCCAUGUGAACAAAAGCCUGUUUCUGCCUCAUCGAGCCAAGAGACCGUGAAACAAGGCAGCACAAUACUGCUAGACAGACUAACAGAUAAGAACAGACUAUGGCCUUCUUCUCCUCCAAAAAGGACUAAAUCCCUGAAAUACUAUCCCGCAGAAGAUCAACCCACCUCUCCUUUGACGAAGAGGAGGUCUAUGAGCACCAUCAUCAUCAGCCCACCUGAUGAGCCAGAGGAAGCAGUUGAACCCUCAGAGCAGGCCCUACUGCCCGAGAAAACCCCUUCCUCCCCAAAGAGGACUAAGUCGUUGAGAUACAUCCCAACUGAAAGCCAACCGUCCCCUAUCACAAAGAAGAGAGCUAUGAGCAGCAUAAUCUACGACCCAGCAGAAGCAGGUGAUGAUGUGCUGCAAACUGCAGACUACAGGUCAUUAGUGGAGCAGGCCUCUAGAGCACCAAAUCAGUGGCCAACAAACUUGGAGUACCAGGUCCAUCCCAGCACCUUUGGUCACAUGCCUAAGGUGUCAACAGUCAGAACUCUUGCCCAGCAGUUUCAAGCUAGCACUGUGCCUGCAGAGCUGGAAAGGGACUUGAUUCAGACUGAUCAAAUUCCUUUAGAAAGUAAAGCUACAGAACUGGUGCAGGAGCCAGCGAAGGUGAAGGCCAAAAGAAACCUUUCUGACACAACUCAGUAUCUGACUGUAGCCGAUGAGAAGUACAAGCUAUCUCACAGGUCACAAAGCAUGAAUGAGAGCGAGAGGAAAGCAAAGUACUUGACAGUAAGUAAGGGGGUGAGAGCCUCUCGCAGUGAGCAAGACCUUACUGAUGCCUGCGAAGGGGCAGGGGAGGAUGUGAAGAAAAAGGAGGCAGAGAAGAGAGAAGAUGAUGCACAGGAGAGGAAAUAAAAGGCCACCAAGAGAGGGGAUCGAGGAGAGCAGAAAUAGAGGGAAACAAAACAAUAAAUGAGGAAGAUGAACUAAAAGAUGAGGAACCAAAAGCAGAGAUCUGGGAAAUUCCCAGCAUUGUACCAUAAGCUGGAAUUGCCUGUUUGAUGCAAUAAUGACGACAACAAAAAAAAGACUGACAGUAAUGAAAAGCAGAACAAGAAAAACAGGACAACGCUCUUUGAAAGACCCACUUUCUUUACUUGUCAUUAAGUAACCAUACAAUAGCUUACAA